AUGUCAUGGAGUAGCGACGAUUAUCGAGUAUCGGGCACUGAGCAAGAGGAAACACUCUUAGCUCAACGUCAAGAGCAGCAACGACAACAGGUGUUGACGAGCGCUCUCGAUGUUCAUCAUUUCAAGCUGUUUGGCAAAACGACAUUUCUUCCCGUCAAAUUCUCCAAAAAGGUUUUCAACUAUCGAAAGCUCAUGCUAAACGAUUGGCUGCGAAAACAGAUCAUCUUCACAAUCGCUAAUUACAAGGAAGAGAAUCUUGAUCUUCCGUUGGAAAUGCAGGGGCUUGCUCAAAUGUGCGAUUGUGAGUUUCGAUUCUGGCGCGUCGAGAGUUGGAUCUAUUUCAAUCAGUUCUACAAUUCGCCAACGUAA